GGCCCUUUUUUUGUUACACUUGCGUUUGGGGAACUAGCAUCACAAAUUCACAUUACCAACAAUAGCAUGAUUAGCAUCUUCUCAAAUAGGAAAACCAAGAAAACUCCCAAUUUUUCCAGCUAAAUUGCACACCAAAAUUCAACCGCCUUUAACGAUUUUUAGCAAGCAUUGCAAAAUUAAUUAUGGCGUCGGGUAAUGCUCAAAGUUCCGAGUCUGAUCAGAUUUUGGUUCAGGACAAGCAAUUUGUGAAAGCGCUUAUAAUGAACCGGCCCAAGCAAUUGAAUGCACUCUCUGACUAUAUGAUUUCUCGGAUGUUGGAACUUUUUUUGGCAUAUGAGGAGGAUCCUAAUGUCAAGUUGGUUCUUUUAAAGGGACAGGGAAGGGCAUUUUGUGCUGGAGGUGAUGUUUCUGCUGUGGUCCGUGACAUUUCUAAAGCAGGUGAUUGGAGAUUAGGUGCAAGCUUCUUUCAGAAAGAAUUCACCUUAAAUUAUGUCAUGGCAACAUACAAAAAACCCCAGGUUUCGAUUCUUCAUGGGAUUGUUAUGGGAGGUGGAGCUGGUGCAUCACUUCAUGGUAGAUUUCGCAUUGUAACUGAGAAUACGGUUUUUGCAAUGCCUGAAACGGCUUUAGGACUCUUUCCAGAUGUUGGUGCCUCCUAUUUCUUGUCAAGGUUACCGGGAUUCUUUGGAGAAUAUGUUGGUCUCACUGGAACUAGGUUGGAUGGUGGAGAGAUGCUCGCUUGUGGUCUUGCAACUCAUUUUGUUCACUCCACGAAAUUGUCCCUGCUGGAGGAAGAACUUUGUGAGGCGAACUUAGAUGAUCCAUCGAAAAUUUGUAAAAUUUUUGAUAAAUAUGCUGAGCAACCUGUUUUGAAAGAGAAGAGCGCUUUUCGAAAGUUGCAUAUCAUUGACAAGUGCUUUUCUCACAGAACUGUUGAAGAAAUUUUUUCUUCUCUUGAAAAGGAGAAUGAAAAUGCUGAAAUAAAUGGUGAUUGGAUUUCUGCAGCAAUAGACUCACUAAAGAGAGCAUCUCCAACUAGUUUAAAAAUCUCUCUUAAGUCGAUCAGAGAAGGCAGACUUCAAGGUGUUGGUCAAUGCCUUAUCCGUGAGUUUAGGAUGGUUUGCCAUGUCCUGCGAGGAGAAGUCAGCAGAGAUUUCUUUGAGGGUUGCAGGGCAAUCUUAAUUGACAGAGACAGAAAUCCUAAGUGGAGUCCUUCUCGAUUGGAUCAGGUAAGUUAUGAAAUGGUGAACCAUUAUUUUUCGAGAGUGAAUGAUGAAGGAUGGAUGGAUCUCAAGCUUCCUACAAAGUUAAAUUUGCCUCCCUCGGCCAUGGCUAAGCUCUAAAAAUACCUUGAUAUUGUGAAGGGAAUGUCAACAAGGAAUGUCAAAUCAAAAUCUAUAGGAUAUGUUUCAUAUGUACUAAUAUCAAGUUAGUGAAAUGAUGUAAAGUAAAUUUUAGGGUUUUUACAAUGUAGUGCGGAUUUUUUAAAAACCCAAUCGACGGUAUUCCUUAAAUCUAAUGCUUCGAAACUUAUAAAAAGUUUAAUUACAAAAAGUUGAAAUAAUAAUUAGAGGCCAGAAAAUGUAAUGGUCAUAAUUGCUCCGAAAAUGUCAUGUAAAUCUUCAGUUAUUUAUCGUUAGGUAUUAUUUGGCCCUAUGGGUUGUGUUUCACAA